AUGGCGAUGGUAGGCAAUAUGAUGGCCAAUGAGGCCCUAGUCCGUGACCUCGAUUCUGGGGAUCAUCAUCGGCAGUCAGUCACUGUCGAGCGUGCGAAUGGCGAGACGGAAGAGAUCGAAACUCGCUUCUACCAAGACUCGCACGAUGUUCCUCUCAGCGAGAUCUUCUACUACGCUCGUCUACAAAGAGAGCGGGAAGAUGCCUACGUUCACACUGGCGAAGAGGAGGGCGCAUCUCCCUGGGUCAGGACAUUCAAGAAGCUCUCCAAUCGCAAAGUUGCCGAUGUCGCUCCAGAGGCAAUCGAUGAUCCUACCGGCAAGCAUGCACCUGCAGCAGCCAUGGUCGGAGAGAAUGAUGAGAAGCACGGCUCGUCUCUCACCGACGAAAAGGCAGCACACAUUAUCGUCGACGAUGAUUCUGCCAUGCACCGCAACGCGUCAGCCGCUCUCCGUACUGCUUCUUGGGGCAGCAUCUUCUACCUCAUCACGACUGACAUUCUCGGCCCGUACUCUGCCCCCUACCUCUUUGCCCAAGUCGGGUAUGGCUCAGGUGUCACUGUCUUCAUCUUCUUUGGUAUCUUUGCUGGUUACGGUGGCUUCCUCAUCUGGCACAUGUUCCUCGGUCUCGACUCGCUCCAAUAUCCCAUGCGCACUUUCGGCGAUCUCUGUGGUCGAGUACUGGGCCGUCCGGCGCGACACAUGUCAAACUUUUUGCAAGCUGCUCAGCUCAUCACCAAUGUCGCAAUCAUCACACUCGGCAACGGACAAGGUCUGUCUCAAGUAUCAAAAUUCAAGCUUUGCUUCGUCGUCUGCAACGUCCUCUGGAUGGCAUCCGGCAUGAUCCUCGGUCAGGUGCGCACGCUCAAGAAGUUCGGCUGGCUGGCCACGCUUGCCAUCUACAUGAAUUUGCUCGUCAUCAUCAUCACCAUGGGUGUCGUCUGUCAUCAAGUGCCCAACUAUGGCGCCAACGGCGAGAGCCAAUACCAGAACCCUGAUGGCUCAUGGAUGCCCGUUCAAACUUUCCUCGAAGUCUCUCAGCCUUUCGAAGGCAAACUCGUCGGUAUCCUUCAAGUCGUCUUCUCUUAUGGAGGAGCCAUGGUCUUCUGCGAGUUCAUGUCAGAGAUGCGAAGGCCAUUUGACUUCUGGAAGGCCAUGCUCUGGGGCCAGCUCUUCAUUUUUGUGGUCUACAUGACCUUCGGCCUAGUCGUCUACUCACAGCAGGGUCAAUACGUCGUCAAUCCGGCUAACCAGGGCAACAGCAUCUCUGGCUACGUCAUGCAGACCAUUACGAAUAUGAUCUCACUUACGGCUGGAAUCAUUGCUGCUGCACUUUAUGGCAACAUCGGCAUCAAGCUGCUCUACAACAACAUACUGGUGACAUUCUUCAAAGCUCCUGAACUUCACACAAAGGGCGGCAAAAUGCUCUGGAUCCCGGUCGUCAUCGCGUUCUGGGCUGGUGCAUUCGCCAUUGGAUCAGCCAUUCCUGCCUUCAGCGCUCUGUCGGGUAUUGUCGCUGCCUUUGCAAUUCUGCAAUUCAGUUACACAUUCCCUAUCGGACUUUCAGUCGUCUAUCAAAUCAAGCGCGAUGCGGUCAUGCUCCCUGGCGGCGAAGGCGAGUUCGAUCCGGCCAAUCCCAACCCUACCAAGGACACUUGGCGCCAAAUGUCUCGCUGGAAACGCGCUAUUGGACAUUGGUGGUAUAUCAAAGCGUUCAACUUCAUCAUCUUCCUUGCUUGUUUGGCGAUGACAGGUCUGUCGGCCUACUCUUCGAUCGAAGCCAUCAUCGAAGCAUUCUCAUCUGGCGCCAUUACGGCGUUCACAUGCUGUUCGCCCGUCAAUCCGGCUGGCUGUUAG